AUGGUGAACCAAAGGGUCGUUCAUCUGUGCGCGAAGAGAAGUUUCAGCUUGACGGCCAGUAUGCAGAAGUACUUCGUGGACGUGUACGCGAAGCCAGACUUGGUGCUAACUCGUGGCCGCGGUAGCCGGCUCUUCGAUGAUGUCAACAAACGCGAGUAUAUUGACUUUGUCGCGGGAAUUGCGGUAACAUCGCUGGGUCAUAGCGAUCCAGCAAUAGCCGAGGUUAUUGCGGCGCAAUCGGCAACACUGGUCCACACAAGCAACCUGUUCCAUAACAGCGAAGCUUUGAAGUUUGCCGAAAAGCUCGUUGAAAGUACGAAGCGCUUUGGUGGGCAGCAAGAUGCAGAAAAGGUGUACUUUUGUAACUCCGGCACCGAAGCGAACGAAGCAGCACUGAAGUUUUCAAGGCGUCGCGCAUUGCGCACUGACCCACAGAAGCAGGGUUUUAUUGCGUUUGAGAACUCUUUUCAUGGGCGUACCAUGGGUUCACUUUCGGUGACAAGCAAGGCCAAGUACAGGUUACCUUUUGGGGACAUGGUUCCCCAUGUUACCUUCCUGAACAUCCACGACCCUGUCGAGAAGCUGGUGUCUUUCAUCGUAGAAAAUGCACCAAAGACUGCAGCGAUGAUACUGGAACCUAUCCAAGGUGAGGGAGGCGUCCAUCGCGUGCCGGAGGAUAAACUAGUCGCACUCGGCCGGUUAUGCAAGAAGCACGACAUCGUUCUGAUAUAUGAUGAGAUCCAAUGUGGUCUAGGGCGUACAGGUAAACUUUGGGCGCACUCGAAUCUCCCUGCAGAUGCCCAUCCGGACAUAUUUACUACCGCAAAAGCUCUUGGGAAUGGAUUCCCAAUGGGGGCGACUGUUGUUAACAGCAAAGUUAACGAGGUACUUUCCGUUGGUGAUCACGGGACCACAUACGGUGGGAAUCCACUUGCGUGCGCGGUUGGCAACCAUGUUCUUGAUAGGAUUGCGCAGCAGCCAUUCCUGGAUGAUGUGAAGGCCAAGGCAAACGUCUUCACGGCUGGGCUACUAGCGUUGCAAAAAAAGUAUCCCUUCAUCAGGGAAAUUCGGGGCGAUGGUCUACUGAUUGGGGUUGAAUUUACAGUGGAUGUAUCUGAUAUUAUCUCCAAAUCCCGCGAACGGGGCCUUUUGAUCACUGCGGCGGGUCCAAAUACCCUCCGGAUUAUCCCUGCCCUCACAAUAGAGGAAGAUACAAUUAGGCAGGGACUCGAGAUACUUGAAUCUGUGGUCGGCGAAAUAUCAUCUAGCUAA